CUCAAACCUACUCGACUCGCUUCCAAGCCACAAUCCCCAAUAUUACACACCUAACUGCAGCCAACAUGCAAGAUCAGGGAAAACCAUGCCCUCCUCCACCGCCGCCACGCGAUAAGCCUCCCAAGACGCCCCCCUCCCCUUUCUCAUCCUGCACGUCGUUCACCACCAUCUCAUUAGAUUGGCUGGGCGUAGCUCCCAAGACCACACAGACACAUCCCAAGCUCAGCCUUGUCACAGCUGAAACAGGAUCAUCCCUGUCAGUUGCCUCGCGUGGCGGCCAGGGAUUUUCAUUUGAGCUCGCAUGGCCGCAAGCUAGAUGCCUCACUAGUUCGCUGCUCAGCUAGCCUACGUAACUACCUACUUACCCCAUACUGGAUGCGGGGAUAUGUGUCCGAGAUAUAUGUGAUGUGCUGUCUGUGUGUUUGUGGAGAAGUAGGUUAGGCAAGGUAAGGUACACGCGACUAGAC